AUGCCCCGCCGUCGCAAGCCGCCCCGGCCAGGCGCCCUCAACGAUCUGCCCCCGCUGCGCAUCGCCUCGCAGAUCGCGGCGCUACAAGGACUGUACUAUGCCGGGGCGUUGGUGCUGAUGCUCUUUUCGGCGCUUGUCGCUGGAACGGGGUUCACGCUGGAUCUCGUCUUUGGGUGGGAGGCUGUUCGGGGAGAUACGACGCAGGGGUGGUUGGGGGCUUUCUUGUGGGUUCUUGAUGGGGGUUUCUGCAUCCUAUACACCGGCCGCAUCCCACGGAACGCAAUGUGGUGGGGUGCCAUGGCGGCCAGCUCGGGUAUCUGUGUCGCCUUGGCGGUUUGGGGAUCUAGAUACCGCGAGUUGAGGCCAAUAUCGUUUGGUGGAGGGGCGAAUGGCGGCGCCGGAGACGAGGAGGAUGGGCUUGGGUUCUCGAGGGGACGGGGACGAGGGAGAGGGAGGGAUGGGGAGGGCGGGUAUGAGAUGGUUGGGAUGGAUCAUGAGAGACGGAAUUCUUGA